AAUCAAUUCAGCAACAAGAACACAUGAUUCAGUCUCACAAAGGAACGCUUCCUCUUCCUCUUCUAUUCUUAACGCAAAACCCAAAAUCUGCAAUUUUUUUGGAAGUUCUUAGAUUAUUAAUCAUAAAAUUUCAAUAAAAGUAAAAUAAACCACAGAAAGGGAGUAGAAAGAUGAGAUUUUUGUGGUUAAUUGUGGUGUUAUACACUGUAUGCAACCAUGUUUUAGCUGAUCAGAUCUUCCCUGGUCAUGUGCUACAUUUCGCAGUUCUCGUGAACCUAAAUAUCAGAUCGACUUUCAUUCAGAAGACUCUCCUUUUCUUCCUUUAAAAUGAGAAUAUGAUGGGAACCUGGGACUCGGGGCCGGUAAGUUUGUGACUUGAAAAGAGAAAAACUGUCUUGGCUAGGAUCUGGAAGAUGAAUGUUUCUCAAGAAGUUUGCAUGCAACGGAGGGUUGGUAUUAUUUGAUAGUCAAGAGAGUUUCCUUGUUCAUUUUCUGCAGCAGAUGGGUAUUGAGGGAUUGAACAGUGACCGUGUUAUGACAUUGCAAAUGCUUAACUCUGUUUUUCUCUACAUCCCAUGGAGCCUGUGAGUUUCUUUGGUGUGAAGAAUGUUCAUGCAACAACCUAAUGACCAUUCUUUGGCUUUCUAUGUGAAUGAUGAUGACCAGGAGUCAAUAGUUAUACCCAACAAAAAUGGUGAGAAUUAUUUAUGCUUCUUGCCUAAGGUGGAGAAAGCCAAGAGUGAAAAACCAAUUACUCAGCUAAAUAUAAGCAGCAUGAUUGUGGAAACUGAGGAACGGGUUAAAUUGAAGACACCAGAUGAGCUGCUUGAAGUAUUGAAAGGCUCAUGCUUUGUCAGACAAGAGGGUUGGUGGUCUUAUGAGUUAUGCUAUCAGAAUAAAAUAAGGCAAUUCCAUGUGGAGGAUGAAAAGGAAAAGGCUGUCCAAGAAUUUAUCUUGGGUGUGUAUGAUGAAGAAGCCACGGCUGCAUUCAACCAGAAUCUUUCUGACAUUUCUACAUUGAAGGAUCAUCGUUCAAAAGAUGCAUCUCAAAGGUAUCAUGCUCAUCAGUAUACAAAUGGAACCAUAUGUGAUCUUACAAAUGAGCCACGAGAAACUGAGGUGAGAUUUGUAUGCUCAGAGCCCAGAGCUAUGAUUAGUUCUGUCAUUGAGCUAUCCACGUGCAAGUAUGCUCUUACAGUGCAGUCUCCAAUGCUUUGCAAGCACCCAUUGUUUCAAGAAGAGAGACCAGUGUGGCACACCAUUAAUUGCAACCUUCUUCCCAAGGAUUACAAAGAAGCUAAGCCAGAUGAAGUCGAAACCGAAGAUGAGCAGAUUUUUAUGGUGUCUGACGUUGAAUCAUCUAACUAUGAUUCAGAUGAAUAAGCGACGCAUUGCAGAGGGACCUUUGUCAAUAUGGAUCAAAUUGAACGAGCUAACAAAUUGUGUUCUUCGUGUUUUAUAUGGCUCUUUCUUCGCAAGUGCAGCGAAUGGUCAAUCACUGUCAUGCCAUUGACCCAACGAGUUGCUUUUCCUAGACCCUCUCUUCUUAGAAAGCAGACAACAAACAGUGUUAAGACAGUUUUAAUGGAACUUUGGAUAACUCCAGGUUGAUGAAACUGAUCAGAAAAUACAUGUAAAUUUUACGGAACAAGACAUUCCUUGAUGCUCCAAAAUUUUCUUCCAUUUCUUUC